AUGUUGUUAUGGUGCCAGAAAAAAUUUGUAUCAUUCAAGUCUUUCCUUUGUAAGCUGGAGAAACAGAUCAGUAUAGUAGAAGAACCUGAUUUACAAACGGGGUACUAUAUUUUCAGCCAGAAACUGAAGCAUAUUAUUCGCCUACCAUUUGCUACAAUUGCAUAUGGUAUGCAUUACUUGAUGAGACAAAUGAUAAUUUUUCUAAGAGCCUUCUGUUGCACGGGUACCAGGAUGGUGGGACUAUUAGAUCAACAGAUGGCGUUGCUGCAAUAUCAGCAAGAAAAUAUACACUUUUUAAGUGAGGAGAUUCUUAGACUGCAAGAAACCUUAAGCAAAUACGAAAGGUCUAAUGAUGGGAGUGCACCUCAGGUAGAUCUUGCUCACUUGUUGGCAACUCGAGAUCAAGAGUUGCGCACACUCAAAGCUGAGAUGAAUCAAUUGCAAUCUGAGCUGAGGCUUGCUCGAUCUAUUACAGAGGAGAAAGAUGCUGAGAUUCAGCGUAUUCGCAAUGCAAACAAUCAGUAUGUAGAAGAAAACGAGAGACUUAGAGCUAUUCUGGGAGAAUGGAGCAACCGAGCAGCUAAGCUCGAACGCGCAUUGGAGCUGGAACGGAUGUCAAACUUGGAACUGCAGAAAAAAAUGACCACACUGAAGACUCAAACGUGUGAAUAGUUC